GCACUUGCACCAAGUCCGGCGAAGAUGCAGCUUGAGAUGUCCACAUCUCUACUCUAAACAAAUUAUAUUUAAACAUACAUAUCAGCUGCAUCUGAAUUCUCUAAAACGCUUCUUCUUCUUCUUCUUCUUCUUCUUCAAGGACUGUAUCAGUUGCAGAGCAACAAUGUCGUCGUUUUCCAAAAACACCUCUCUUCUCCACGUUGUAGCAGCGGCUAUAAUGGCGUUUCUGAUAGUUUGGACUUUCUGGCCAUCUUCCCCCAAGCCUCGGGAAACUGGUUCGGUUUCGCAGCUAGUUUCCAAGCCGAGGCUCAAACCCGUCGACGACACGUGGUGUCCAAACCUACGCCAGAAAACAUUCUACGACGACCCGAAUCUCAGCUACUCCAUUGGCAGACCAAUCAAGAACUGGGACGAUAAGCGACGAGAUUGGAUGAGGCUUCACCCGUCUGGGCGGGGUGAUCGGGUGGUUAUGGUGACCGGGUCUCAGCCGUCGCCGUGCCGGAAUCCGAUCGGAGACCACCUCCUACUGAGGCUAUUCAAGAACAAGGUUGACUACUGCCGGAUCAACGGCUACGACAUCUUCUACAACAACGCGCUGCUCCACCGGAAGAUGGACAAUUACUGGGCCAAAAUACCCGCGGUGCGAUCAGCCAUGGUGGCGCACCCGGAGGCCGAGUGGAUCUGGUGGGUCGACUCGGACGCGGUCUUCACUGACAUGGACUUCAGGCCGCCGUUGGAGGACCGGUACAAGGAUUACAAUCUGGUGGUGGGCGGGUCGCCCGAUUCGGUUUAUGAUAACCCGAGUUGGAUCGGGCUCAACGCGGGCGUGUUCUAUAUCCGGAACUGUCAAUGGUCCAUGGAGUUUCUUGAAGCGUGGGCAGAGAUGGGCCCACAGACGCCAAACUACGAGAAGUGGGGCCAGAUUUUGGCAUCAAGGGUGAAGGACAAGCUGUAUCCGAUAUCAGACGAUCAGACGGCCAUGAUUUACUUGCUGAUGAAAGAGAAGGAGAAGUGGAGCGAUAAGGUGUUUUUGGAGCACGAGUAUUGUAUCCAGGGCUACUGGGCGGGUCUAGUGGGAACGCUCGAGAACGUGACACGUAACUACGUGGGAUUGGAAAGGAGGGCGCGCAGGUUAAGGAGGCGGCGCGCGGAGAAGGUGGGGCGGAGCUACAGUGCGCUGUGGGAGAAGUAUCUGGAGGCGGCGGGCUACCGGAAGGACGCCGGAAAGCGGCCGUGUGUUACGCAUUUCACGGGGUGUCAGCCGUGCAGCGGCGACCACAAUCCGAUGUAUACCGGCGACUCUUGCCGGGAAGGGAUGGAGAGGGCUCUGAAUUUCGCCGACAAUCAAGUGCUCCGUAGCUACGGUUUCGUGCACCCCGACUUACUGGAUUCGGCCUCUGCGGUGCCGCUGCCUUUCGAUUUUGCGGCGUGACGGCGACCUGGUCGACGUGGACCACGUACGCUGAGAGCAAAACAUUGUGCCCUGAUUCUAGGGAUAAUUUUCCAUGUUUUGGGGCCUCUAUAUUCCGUGAUUGAAGGAUAUAUAUCAUUUACACAUUUACUAGUCACGUUAUGAUAAACGAAAAUGUUAAUUGUACUCUAUAUUAAUGUUUUAUAUUUUGUCAUA